AGAUGACUUCAGCAGAAGAACAUCUGGAUAGGCUCCUGUCAGUUGAAGCCCUUCAAGGUGCAUCUGGCAACCUGAUCGCAAAGGUCCAUGGUCUCAUUCAGGAGAUAACCAUAAACCGCCAGCUUCAAUCCAUGGUUGGCCACAGAAGCCUCUCUCAACCAGCGCUGCCUAAACCAGCCCUGAGGAAGCUGUCAAAGGACGAUGCCUCAGAGCUCAUUUACAACUUUGCCCAGACUUCUGUUAGGAGACUCCUGGGGCAGUGUAUGGGAAGGCCUAUGCCACCAUCGGCUGAAAUGGUUUUGGAUCAGGUCAUCAAGUUGAUGACAGACGUGGUGAUGGACAGCCUGACUUAUGUGUCCAAGUCUACAAUGGAGGAUGUUAUUGUACACAGGUCGGUCACACUAGCGUGCUCUUCUCACUCAGACACCAGCAAUGCCACAAGUGACAUCACUCAUGGUGUUGUAGCUGACCUUAAUGCUACUGAGGAAUUCCCUGCCAGGAGCCUUAGCCCGGCUGAUGUAAAGGCUGACGGCAUGGCCCGCCUUCCCUCUGCCAGAGGGGAAGAGACUAAGAAGAACAGGAAGUGGCGUUUCCUACCGAAAAUGCAUACGUUUCCAAAGAUCAUGAUUAAGCUGUUCAAGACAAAAGGGGAACCGAAGAGCCACCCUAAACAGGAUGCACUGCCUACCAAACGUCUCAGAGAGACUCAUAUUUCACAGGAUGCUGAGUGUGAGGUUCCAGAGGUUCCAUCCACUUCCCCUCCCAAGGAGGACCUGACAACCACACCGGCCCCUGCUCCCCAGGAGUCCCAGUCCCGUAAACGCCCACUCAUAGUCAGGGUGUUACACGCUCUCUCCAGAGCCAUCUCCAAACCAUUCAGAGGAGCUUCUGGGAAGAAGAAUUAGCCAAAUGCCUGAUUUUAUUAAUAUUAUAUUUUAAUCAGAGCCUUUAUUUAAUAAAACAUUACUGCAUUGA